AUGAGAAGUGCCCUCGUGCUAGUCGGCUGCGGCGCCCUGGGCUGGGCCGUUCCCACGGGGACGCCCGUUGCCGCGCAGACGCCUGUUGCGAGUGCUGUUCAGCAGCGGGCUCCUUCGCCGACGCUGGCUGUCGCGCUCGACCAGCGAGGACUCGGCGACGACGUCAAGAGCUACGUGCAGGGUUUGACCAGCGACGUUGAGAGCAGAGCAUCCUCUCUUCUGCAAUCAGGUAUCCUCAACUUUCCGAAUGGUUUCCCCGCGGGGACUGCCGUGGAAAAGUCGCUCGGCGUGUCGAGCACCGAGUUGAAUGCUGAACCCACGCACGUCCUGAAUCUGCCCUCGUAUGGCAACUGGACCGAGCAUGGCUGGAGUCUCCGGAUCCACGGAAACGUGUACAAGGUCCCCAACGUGUCGCAGAGCGCGAUUGACCAUCUUGCAAACGUCUUCCUGAUCGGAACGAGUGUCAAAGACCUGAAUGCGACGGAACAAGCGCAGGCACGAAAUGUCACCAGGUCGAUUUUCGUGGUGCAGCAGGGCAAUAAGAGCGUGACCAUGAACCUGGAGAAUAAUGUCGCGAUGCAGUCUAAUGCCACCGGGGGUGCUGUUAAAGCUAAGGGCGGUGCGCAAAUGAUUCAUAUGCCGUACAACACGAGCAUUGAAGGGGACUUCGACUCGUUUGUUAACCUUCGGAACACGACGGGCCCUGAUGGAGGAUUCAUGGCUCCUGGGAACGAAACUUUACAGAUCCAGACCUUGAACGUGUAUGCCGACGGGACGGAUUCGGGAAAUGCCACGGCGUACCUGGUGCCUCCGACGGGUUUGACCGUCGUUUCGGACAUUGACGAUAUUCUGCGCGUGACCAAGAUUUACCAGCCCAAGGAGGGCCUCUUGAACACAUUUGCUCGACCCUUUACGCCGUGGAUGAACAUGCCGAGUAUCUAUUCCAAUUGGUCUUCGUCCCUUGGUAACGUGCACUUUCAUUACCUGACUACGACUCCGGAGCAGGCGACGAGAAACUACAUGGACUUCAUAUACCGGACGUACCCUCUCGGAUCGUUUGAUACGAGACCGUUGAACUUUUCAGAUACCUCGGCCACGCUGCAUAUUCGACGGUUCCUGCUAGACAAGAUCUUCCAGACGUUUCCGAAGCGCAAGUUUGUCCUGGUGGCCGACACGAGCAACCACGAUGUAAUGGUGGCUUAUCCGCAGAUGUUCAAAGACUACCCCGGGCAAGUGACGUGCAUCUUUCUGCGAAAUACUAGCGCCACGGACUCGGGUGAUAAGUUUCCGUACGAUACGUCGGGUUUCAAGGGCAUCCCGCAGGGCCACUACAUGUUCUUCAAGGUCCCCGAGGACUUGGCUCAUCUCGAUCUCGAGAACGGACAUUGCCUCAACAGUACCGUGCCCCAAAAUGUGACAUUUGGAGAACAAGGUCUACCCCUUGGCCUUGGAGACAAGGGAAGCUUCGCUGGUCGGACCCGGAUCGGGGCUUCAAAGGCUUUAUUUGUAACGCUGACGGUCACGGCUGCGGCUGCUAUCUUGUAG